UGCUCUCAUACUCUUCAACACAACACCUUCCUGCUCCAUCACUGCCAAGCAAGCAAGGAUCUCCAGCCAGAGCAAAAAAUUAUUUUUAAAAAGAGAGAUUGAAGAGAAUUCCUCUCAUCAUAGAGAAAAAACCUUAAAAUGUCUUUGGAAGUGAAGGAGAAAAUGGAGGUGCGUCUGGUGUUUUUGGGAGCAGGUGGAGUGGGGAAGACAGCCCUUAUCCAGCGUUUUCUCAAAGACACCUUUGAGCCAAAGCACCGGCGCACAGUGGAGGAUCUUCACAGGAAGGAGUACGAAGUGGAAGGUGUCAAAGUGACCAUCGACAUCACAGACACCAGUGGCAGCUACUCCUUCCCUGCCAUGCGAAGACUUUCCAUCCAGAACAGCGACGCCUUUGCUCUGGUCUACGCCGUGGAUGACCCCAACUCCCUGGAAGCGGUCAAGAGGUUACGGCAGGAGAUCCUGGAGGUCAAAGAGGACAAGUACACACCGAUUGUGGUCAUAGGCAACAAGAUCGACCGCUACAAUGAGCGGCAGGUGUCCGUCAAGGACGUUCUCUCCUCAGUGGAGCUGGACUGGAACCACAGCUUCUUGGAGUCGUCAGCCAAAGACAACGUCAACGUUCUGGAGGUUUUCAGGGAGCUGCUCCAGCAGGCCAACCUGCCCAGCCGGCUCAGUCCAUCACUGUUCCGGAGACGAGAAACUAUCCCCAAAGACAACAACAAACGACCUCCCAUGAACAAGACCAACAGCUGCGUCAUCUCAUAGUGAUGGAGCUGCUCAGGAGGAAAAUUAACAGAAAAAGAGACUGAAAGAGAAAAGAACUGCCCAAAAGAGGCUGUUGGUGGGACAGAAACAAACCAAGAGACUUUGUUACAUGUGGUAAAGCAUCGCAACAGUGGCCAAAGUGGCACUGAAGUCACAGAGACGCUGCAACAAGGACUGAUUUGCAGUGAUGAAAAUAAACUUUAAAGACAGGGAUGAAUGUGGUUAAGCUUCACGCUAAUUACUGUGUAUGUCAAAAAAGCAAGAAAUAGUGACAGUGUUGAGUUCAGUUUUCAUGCAAAUCCCCUCUAUAUGUGUGACGUUUCAUUUUCGGGGAUGUUUGUGUUACUGGUGUAUAAAAAAAAGUUCAAUACUGAUGAAGUACUUGGUAUAAAUGCAAAAGUGUUUUUGUGUCUACAUAUGAUGAUUUUAUGGAUGAAAUGAACAACAAAAGAAUCAUAUUUUUCAUCAUCGCUGUUAAAUGCUGUUGUGCAAAACCUCAUUAAGGCAUUAAAAUGUAAACUGUCAAUUUAAAUACAUACAAUGCUUUCA